GCUAAAUCUGUCUGGGGUAGAUAGAGAGACGUGCUAGUUUAGAAAUUAUCAUGGCAACACGGUGGGGAAUCUGCAGUGCAGGGAAAAUCAGCCACGACUUUACAGUAGCUCUGAGGACCCUACCUCACGACGACCACCAGGUAAACGUUAUUUGUGAUUGGGAAUGUGGGUGAAUCCUAAAACUUGGUGCUUGGUAAAGUGUAUUUUUGAGCAGCCAUUUGGUAUUAUUGUAAAAUAAUUUAAUGAAAGUUUUACUCGUUAGUGACAUUAGUGAGAAGAAAACAUAUAUAUAUAUUUUGUAAAUAACUCCAUUUCCAUUUUCUCCAUUGAUUGCAUGUUGUGUAAAACUUUACCGUAAUUCUCAAAAUACUGGGCCAUCAAAUAUUAAUUUAUGGUAAGUAAGGCACAAUGUGUAAUUUCAACAGCCUGACCCUGCCAAAUUGAGGAAUGUGGUUGAGGAAAGCUAACAUAAAUGUUGAUGGGAUUCAAGUAAGAAAUUAAAGGUAAUUUAGAGUGCUAUUACUACUCUAAAUACUAUUACCAUCUAGGACCACUUUGGAAAUGAGAGUUUUAAGUGCUAUACCCUGGGAAUACAUUGUACAUCUUGUUGUAUAUAUUUUUUACAAAAUAAAUUAUAUUCAAUUCACCUCUGAUUGAAACAAUGAAAAUUGUUAUAUUUUUCAGAUUGUGGCUGUUGCUGCUCGGAAUCUGCAGCAUGCCCAAGAGUUUGCCAAAAAUCACAACAUCCCAAGAGCCUAUGGGAGCUAUGAUGAGCUAGCAAAAGACUCAGACAUAGGUGGGUUCUAUCAUGAAAUCCAUUAGCCUGGUACAGACCUGGUUAACAUUUUUACCUUGACAAAAGAUACUGGCCAAAAAUCAGCUGUAACCAGAGGACAAAACCUGAUAACCUAUUUGGUAUAGGCUUGUUGCUUUAAAUUGACUGGAGCUGUAAACCCAUGCUCGUACCCCUAUCUCUCUUUGCAGAUGUGGUGUAUGUGGGAACAAUCCACUCUCACCACCUGAGUACAGGUAAGCUCUUCUUGACCUCCCAUAAGAACGUACUCAUAGAGAAACCCCUGGCCAUGAAUCUAAGAGAGGUACUGGAGCUCACCAACACAGCCAAGGAGAAUGAUGUCUUUCUGAUGGAGGUACUGUACGGGGGACACCUGACAUUUUAAACUUGUCCAUACAAGUUUACUCUAAAGCUCCUUCUGAUCAUAUACUUACACAUACAGUACAUCAACACUGACAUAUUUAAACUGUGGUAUGGUUUUUCCUGAAUAAUAUAUGUUGGGCUGACAUACAGUACCAGUCAAGAUUUGGACACACCUACUCCUUCCAGGGUUUUUCUUUAUUUUUUUACUAUUUUCUACAUUGUAGAAUAAUAGUGAAGACAUCAAAACUAUGAAAUAACACAUGGAAUCAUGUAGUAACCAAAAACGUGUUAAACAAAUCAAAAUAUAUGUUAUAUAUGAGAUUCUUCAAAGUAGCCACCCUUUGCCUUGAUGACAGCUUUGCACACUCCUGGCAUUCUCUCAACCAGCUUCAUGAGGUAGUCACCUGGAAUGCAUUUCAAUUAACAGGUGUGCCUUCUUAAAAGUUAAUUUGUGGAAUUUCUUUCCUUCUUAAUGUGUUUGAGCCAAUCAGUUGUGUUGUGACAAGGUAGGGGUGGUAUACAGAAGAUAGCCCUAUUUGGUAAAAGACCAAGUCCAUAUUAUGUCAAAAACAGCUCAAAUAAGCAAAGAGAAACGACAGUCAAUCAUUACUUUAAGACAUGAAGGUCAGUCAAUCCGGAAAAUUUCAAGAACUAACUUAAAGUGCAGUCGCAAAAACCAUCAAGCACUUUGAUGAAACUGGCUCUCAGGAGGACCGCCACAGGAAAGGAAGACCCAGAGUUACCUCUGCUGCAGGGGAUAAGUUCAUUAGAGUUAACUGCACCUCAGAUUGCAGCCCAAAUAAAUGCUUCACAGAGUUCAAGUAACAGACACAUCUCAACAUCAAUUGUUCAGAGGAGACUGCGUGAAUCAGGCCUUCAUGGUCGAAUUGAUGCAAAGAAACCACUACUAAAGGACACCAAUAAUAAUAAGGGACUUGCUUGGGCCAAGAAACACGAGCAAUGGACAUUAGACCAGUGGAAAUCUGUCCUUUGGUCUGAUGAGUCCAAAUUUGAGAUUUUUGUUUCCAACCGCCGUGUCUUUGUUAGACGCAGAGAAGGUGAACUGAUGAUCUCUGCAUGUGUGGUUCCCACCAUGAAGCAUGGAGGAGGAGGUGUUAUGGUGUGGGGGUGCCUUGCUUGUGAAACUGUUGGUGAUUUAUUUAGAAUUCAAGGCACACUUAACCAGCAUGGCUACCACAGCAUUCUGCAGCAAUACGCCAUCCAAUCUGGUUUGGGCUUAGUGGGACUAUCAUUUGUUUUUCAACACGACAAUGACCCAAAACACACCUCCAGGCUGUGUAAGGGCUAUUUGGCACCAAGAAGGAGAGUGAUGGAGUGCUGCAUCAGAUGACCUGGCCUCCACAAUCACCCGACCUCAACCCCAUUGAGAUGGUUUGGGAUGAGUUGGACCGCAGAGUGAAGGAAAAGCAGCCAACAAGUGCUCAGCAUAUGUGGGAACUCCUUCAAGACUGUUGGAAAAGCAUUCCUCAUGAAGCGCUUGAUGGUUUUUGCGACUGCACUUGAAGAAACUUUAAGUUUUCUGAAUUGACUGACCUUCAUGUCUUUAAAGUAAUGAUGGACUGUCGUUUUUCUUUGCUUAUUUGAGCUGUUCUUGCCAUAUUAUGGACUUGGUCUUUUACCAAGUAGGGCUAUCUUCUGUAUACCACCCCUGCCUUGUCACAACACAACUGAUUGGCUCAAACGCAUUAAAUCAUUCCAGGUGACUACCUCAUGAAGCUGGUUGCGAGAAUGCCAAGAGUGUGCAAAGCUGUCGUAAAGGCAAAGAGUGGCUACUUUGAAAAAUCUGAAAUAUAAAAUAUGUUUUCAUUUGUUUAACACUUUUUUGGUUACUACAGGAUUCCAUAUGUGUUAUUUCAUAGUUUUGAUGUCUUCACUAUUAUUCUACAAUAGUAAAAAUAAAGAAAAAUCCUUGAAUGAGUAGGUGUGUCCAAACUUUUAACUGGUACUGUACGUGUGUACACUAUGUUCUGAUGAAAUGCAACACAGAAAGUGAAAGCUUCUAUGCUAGAGUAGUGAAGCAUUCCUCCUAUAUCCCCCUUCAUACACACCAGAUAGCCUCUAUCGUAAAGCGGUAUGGCAGUAGUGAAGCUUUCCUCCUAUAUCCCCCUUCAUACACAUCAGAUAGCCGCUAUCAUAGAGCAGUAUGGCAGUACGGAAGCAUUCCUCCUAUAUCCCCCUUCAUACACACCAGAUAGCCUCUAUCAUAGAGCAGUAUGGCAGUAGUAAGACAUCCCUCUUAUAUCUAUCUCCCUUAUAUCUCUCUGUCGCCCAGGCGAUCUGGACUCGUUUCUUCCCUGUGUCUGUAGAGGUGGGCAGGCUGCUAGGCCAGGGUGAGGUGGGAGAGGUCCAGAUGGUAAGGGCCGACUUGGGAGCCCCCCUCACACACAUCCCUCGCCUGGCCCAGAGAGAACUGGGUGGAGGGGCACUACUAGACCUGGGGAUCUACUGCCUGCAGUUUGUCUUCAUGGUGUUUAAUGGGGAGAGACCUGAGUCCAUCCAAGCCACGGGACACUGUAUUGACACAGGUAAUUGGUGGUAUUCUGACUUGAGAUCCACUUGCUUAACUCACAUACCAGAGUCUCCCUUUUCAUGUCUCCCACUGAAAUAAAUAAAUGGUUUUGCUAUUUCUAAGGCUUUGUAUUUGCACCUCCAGGAGUGGAUGGAACAGUAGUUUUGGUCUUAAAGUUUUCUGGGUACAGAAUGGCUGUGUGCACGUGCUCCAUCACGAUGAUGCUGACAAAUGAUGCUGUUAUCACUGGGACCAAGGGGACCAUCAAGGUAGGAAUUAGCAGACACACACACACACAGAGGAAAUACAUAAUUCUAACAAGUCACAGCCAGAGGAGGGUAAGGGAAGAACUGCACACUAUAAUUGAUCUAAUGAUGAAGAUUCUGAGUAAAUUAAACAAGUUUAUGAUUUAUUGAAGGGCUGACUUGAAUGAACAUUUCCAUAGCCUCCUGAACAACUUCAAUAACCUACGUAUACUGAACGAAAAUAUAAACGCGGACAGCUGAUGAAAUUGUGGGUUUGCACAACCGAAGAAUUUAUGCACAAACAGUUAGAAACCGUCUCAGGGAAGCUCAUCUGCGUGCUCGUCGUCCUCACCAGGGUCUUGACCUGACUGCAUGCUCACCUUUGAUGGCCACUGGCACACUGGACAAGUGUGCUCUUCAUGGAUGAAUCCCGGUGUCAACUGUACUGGGCAGAUGGCAGACAGUGUGUAUGGCGUCGUGUGGGCGAGAGGUUUGCUGAUGUCAACAUUGUGAACAGAGUGCCUCAUGGUGGCGGUGGGGUUAUGGUAUGGGCAGGCAUAAGCUACAGACAACAAACACAAUAGCAUUUUAUCGAUAGCAAUUUGAAUGCACUGAUACCGUGACGAGAUCCUGAGGCCCACUGUCGUCCCAUUCAUCCACCGCCAUCACCUCAUGUUUCAGUAUUAUAAUGCAUAGCCCCAUGUCUCAAGGAUCUGGACACAAUUCCUGGAAGCUGAAAAUGUCCCAGUUCUUCCAUGGCCUGCAUACUUUUGUCACCCAUUGAGCAUGUUUGGGAUGCUCUGGAUCGACGUGUACGACAGCGUGUUCCAGUUCCCGCCAAUAUCCAGCAACUUCGCACAGCCAUUGAAGGGGAGUGGGACAACAUUUCACAGGCCACAAUCAACAGCCUGAUCAACUCUAUGCGACGGAGAUGUGUCACUCUGCAUGAGGCAAAUGGUGGUCACACCAGAUAAUGAUUGGUUUUCUGAUCCACUCCCCUACUUUUUUUUUUAGGUAUCUGUGACCAUCAGAUGCAUAUCUGUAUUCCCAGUCAUGUGAAAUCCAUAGAUUAGAGCCUAAUGAAUUUAUUUCAGUUGACUGAUUUCCUUAAAUGAACUGUAACUCAGUAAAAUCUUUGAAAUUGUUACAUGCUGCAUUUAUAUUUUUUUUGCUCUGUGCCUUGCAAAAGUAUUCAUCCCUCUUGGUGUUUUUCCUAUUUUGUUGAAUUACAACCUGUAAUUUAAAUGGAUUUUUAUGUGGUUUCCAUGAAAUGGACAUACACAAAAUAGUCCAAAUUGGUGAAGUGAAAUGAAAAAAAUAACUUGUUUCAAACAAUUCUAAAAAAUAAAUAACGGAAAAGUGGUGCGUGCAUAUGUAUUCUGAAGCCCCUAAAUAAGAUCUGGUACAACCAAAUACCUUCAGAAGUCACAUAAUUAGUUAAAUAAAGUCCACCUGUGUGCAAUCUAAGUGUCACAUGAUCUGUCACAUGAUCUCAGUAUAUAUACACAACCUGUUCUGAAAGGCCCCAGAGUCUGCAACACCACUAAGCAAGGGGCACCACCAAGCAAGCGGCACCAUGAAGACCAAGGAGCUCUCCAAACAGGUCAGGGACAAAGUUGUGGAGAAGGACAGACCAGGGUUGGGUUAUCAAAGAAUAUCCAAAACUUUGAACAUCCCACGGAGCACCAUUAAAUCCAUUAUUAAUAAAUGGAAAGAAUAUGUCACCACAACAAACCUGCCAAGAGAGGGCCUCCCACCAAAACUCACAGACCAGGCAAGGAGGGCAUUAAUCAGAGAGGCAACAAAGAGACCAAAGAUAAUCCUGAAGGAGCUGCAAAGCUCCACAGCGGAGAUUGGAGUAUCUGUCUAUAGGACCACUUUAAGCUAUACACUCCACAGAGCUGGGCUUUACGGAAGAAUGGCCAGAAAAAAGCCAUUGCUUAAAGAAAAGAAUAAGCAAACAUGUUUGGUGUUUGCCAAAAGGUAUGUGGGAGACUCCCCAAACAUAUGGAAGAAGGUACUCUGGUCAGAUGAGACUAAAAUUGAGCUUUUUGGCCAUCAAGAAAAACGCUAUGUCUGGCGCAAACCCAACACCUCUCAUCACCCCGAGAACACCAUCCCCACAGUGAAGCAUGGUGGUGGCAGCAUCAUGCUGUGGGGAUGUUUUUCAUUGGCAAGGACUUGGAAACUGGUCAGAAUUGAAGGAAUGAUGGAUGGCGCUAAAUACAGGGAAAUUCUUGAGGGAGAUUUGAGACUGGGAUCAAGGUUCACCUUCCAGCAGGACAAUGACCCUAAGCAUACUGCUAAAGCAACACUUGAGUGGUUUAAGGGGAAACAUUUAAAUGUCUUGGAAUAGCCUAGUCAAAGCCCAGACCUCAAUCCAAUUGAGAAUCUGUGGUAUGACUUAAAUAUUGCUGUACACCAGCGGAACCCAUCCAACUUGAAGGAGCUGGAGCAGUUUUGCCUUGAAGAAUGGGCAGAAAUCCCAGUGGCUAGAUGUACCAAGCUUAUAGAGACAUACCCCAAGAGACUUGCAGCUGUAAUUGCUGCAAAAGAUGGCUCUACAAAGUAUUGACUUUGAAUAGUUAUGCACGCUCAAGUUUUCAGUAUUUUUGUCGUAUUUCUUAUUUGUGUCACAAUUUUUUUUAUCUUGCAUCUUCAAAGUGGUAGGCAUGUUGUGUAAAUCAAAUGAUACAAACCCUCAAAAAAUCCAUUUUAAUUCCAGGCUGUAAGGCAACGAAAUAGGAAAAAUACCAUGGGGGGUGAAUACUUUCGCAAGCCACAGUAGUUCAUUUGAUAAGUUUGAGAGUUUAUUUUUCAUAGUGUUUGUCAAAGCAUGUUUUUGAUUAAGCACACCAUUUGAGUUUAUGUUGGAAGUUUAUUAGUAUCAUCAAACAAGCCUCUCUCUUCAAUUCCCUAUUGAGAACAACAAAGUGUGACAUUGAUCAGUCAAUCAGUCAAUUAUAAAGCAAUUUUUACAUCAGCAGAUGUCACAAAGUGCUAUACAGAAACCCAGCCUAAAACCCCAAACAGCAAGCAAUGCAGAUGUAGAAGCACGGUGGCUAGGAAAAACUCCCUAGAAAGGCAGAAACCUAGGAAGAAACCUAGAGAGGAACCAGGCUCUGAGGGGUGGCCAGUCCCCGUCUGGCUGUGCCGGGUGGAGAAUUAUAACAGUACAUGGCCGUUAAGGCCAGAUUUUUCUCCAAGAUGUUCAAACGUUCAUAGAUGACCAGCAGGGUCAAAUAAUAAUCACAAUGGUUGUAGAGGUUGCAGAGGUUGCAACAGGUCAGGACAUCAGGGGUAAAUGUCACUUGGCUUUUCAUAGCCGGGCAUUUAGAGGUUGAAAUAGCAGGUACGGAAGAGAGAGAGAGUUGAAAACAGCAGGUCUGGGACAAGGUAGCAUGUCCGGUGAACAGGUCAGGGUUCCAUAGUCGCAGGCAGAAGAGUUGAAACUGGAGCAGCAGCACGACCAGGUGGCCUGGGGACAGCAAGGAGUCAUCAGGCCAGGUAGUCCUGAGGCAUGGUCCUAGGGUUCAGGUCCUCCGGGAGGGGAGGGAGAGAGAGAGAAUUAGAGGGAGCAUACUUAAAUUCACACAGGACACUGGAUAAGACAGGAGAAUAACACCAGAUAUAACAGACUGACCCCGGCACAUAGACUAUUGCAGCAUAGAUACUGGAGGCUGAGACAGGGGGGGUCAAGAGACACUGUGGCCCCGUCCGACGAUACCAGGCAGGAUAUAACCCCACCCACUUUGCCAAAGCACAGCCCCCACACCACCAGAGGGAUAUCAACAGACCACCAACCUACUACCCUGAGACAAGGCUGAGUAUAGCCCACGAAGAUCUCCUCCACUGCACAAGCCAGAGGGGGCGACAAACCGGACAGGAAGAUCACGUCAGUGACUCAACCCACUCAAGUGACGCACCCCUCCUAGGGACGGCAUGGAAAGCACCAGUAAGCCAGUGACUCAGCCCCCGUAGUCCUGUGUAGCUCAGUUGGUAGAGCAUGGCGCUUGCAACGCCAGGGUUGUGGGUUCGAUCCCCAUGGGGAACCAGUAUGAAAAAAUGUAUGCACUCAUUAACUGUAAGUCGCUCUGGAUAAGAGUGUCUGCUAAAAUGCCUAAAAUAUAAAAAUGUAAUAGGGUCAGAGGCAGAGAAUCCCAAUGGAGAGAUGGGAAACGGCCAGGCAGAGACAGCAAGGGUGGUUUGUCGCUCCAGUGCCUUUCCGUUCACCUUCGCACCCCUGGGCCAGACUACACUCAAUCAUAGGACCUACUGAAGAGAUGAGUCUUCAGUAAAGACUUAAAGGUUGAGACCGUGUCUGUGUCUCUCACAUGGAUAGGCAGACCAUUCCAUAAAAAUUGAGCUCUAUAGGAGAAGCCCUGCCUCCAGCUGUUUGCUUAGAAAUUUUAGGGACAAUAAGGAGGCCUGCGUCUUGUGACUGUAGCGUACGUGUAUGUAUGUAUGUACGACAGGACCAAAUCGGAGAGAUAGGUAGGAGCAAGCCCAUGUAAUGCUGUGUAGGUUAGCAGUAAAACCCUGCAUCAUUUUUGGACAAAAAGUUUCUGAUUUUUGCAAUGUUACGAAGAUGGAAAAAAGCUGUCCUUGAAAUAUUCUUGAUAUUUUCGUAAAAAGAGAGAUCAGGGUCCAGAUUAACGCCGAGGUCCUUCACAGUUUCUUUUGAGACGACUGUACAACCAUCAAGAUUAAUUGUCAGAUCCAACAGAAGAUAUCUUUGUUUCUUGGGACCUAGAACUAGCAUCUCUGUUUUGUCCGAGUUUAAAAGUAAAAAAUGUGCCACCAUCCACUUCCUUAUGUCUGAAACACAGGCUUCCAGGGUAGGCAAUUUUGGGGCUUCACCAUGUUUCAUCGAAAUGUACAGCUGUGUGUUGUCCUCAUAGAAAUGAAAGUUAACAUUGUGUUUCCGAAUGACAUCACCAAGAGGUAAAAUAUAUAGUGAAAACAAUAGUGGUCCUAAAACAGAACGUUAAGGAACACCAAAACUUACAAUUGAUUUGUCAGAGGACAAACCAUCCACAGAGACGAACUGAUAUCUUUCCGACAGAUAAGAUCUUAGCCAGGCAAGAACUUGUCCGUGUAGACCAAUUAAGGUUUCCAAUCUCUCCAAAAGAAUGGGGUGAUCGAUGGUGUCAAAAGCAGCACUAAGGUCUAGGAGCACGAGGACAGAUGCAGAGCCUUGGUCUGACGCCAUUAAGAGGUCAUUUACCACCUUCACGAGUGCAGUCUCAGUGCUAUGAUGGGGUCUAAAACCAGACUGAAGCGUUUCCUAUACAUUAUUUGUCUUCAGGAAGGCAGUGAGUUGCUGCACAACAGCUUUUUCAAAAAAUGUUGAGAGGAAUGGGAGAUUCGAUAUAGGCCGAUAGUUUUUUACAUUUUCUGGGUCAAGGUUUGGCUUUUUCAAGAGAGGCUUUAUUACUGCCACCUUUAGUGAGUUUGGUACACAUCCAGUUGAUAGGGAGCCAUUUAUUAUGUUCAACAUAGGAGGGCCAAGCACAGGAAGUAGCUCUUUCAGUAGUUUAGUUGGAAUAGGGUCCAGUAUGCAGCUUGAAGGUUUAGAGGCCAUGACUAUUUUCAUGAAUGUGUCAAGACUUGAGUGUCUCCAUUGAUCCUAGGUCCUGGCAGUUUUGUGCAGACUCAGGACAGCUGAGCUUUGGAGAAAUACUCAGAUUCAAAGAGGAGUCUGUAAUUUGCUUUUUAAUGAUCAUGAUCUUUUCGUCGAAGAAGUUCAUGAAUUCAUCACUGCUGUAGUGAAAGGCAUCCUCUCUUGGGGAAUGCUGCUUUUUAGUUAGCUUUGCGACAGUAUCAAAUAUAACUUUAGGAUUUUUCUUAUUCUCCUCAAUUAGGCUGGAAAAAUAGGAUGAUCGAGCAGCAGUGAGGGCUCUUCGAUAUUGCACUGUACUUUCAUAUCAAUGGCUUCAAAGAGAAAAUAUCAUAUUAUGUGUUGUUUCUAUCUGAGGUCCCCAACCACAUGUGGUGUCCUACGAGCCUGGAGUUGAAUGGAGAGGUGAAGCAAUACCCUCUCCCUGAGCCCAGCCUUCCCCUCAACUUCAUCCACAGUACUGGGCUGCGCUACGAAGCAGAGGAGGUCAGGCAGUGUAUGCUUAAAGGUAGGCUUUACACAAAGCAAAGUGAACCAUUGAAUAUUACAAUACACCUUGCUAAAAUGAAAAUAGAGUUUGCACCAAAACUAGCCCAAGCCGAUAGGGGAAAUGGUAUGGGAAUAUGCAGGUUUGAGACCGACUACGUUGCAGUCAGAAUUACUCAUUUACAAAUCACCUUGCAUCCCAAAUAACUGGUCAUUAUGUGAUCAAGGUUAGCGAUUAUGCACUUUGCCUUGCUCAAACUUACCACCUCAAACAUGCUGAUUGUCUCCAUCAGGACUGAAGGAGAGCUCUGGAAUGCCUUGGUCACACUCACACCUUCUCGCCGAGGUCAUGGAUGAAGCCAGAAGACAGGUGGGAGUGACAUAUACUCAAGACAACAUCCAAUGAGAUAUCAUGCGACCCAAGUCCCCCUUUCUCAGUCAUGGAUGCACUCUCUACUGAUGCUAGUCAGUGGUGACUUCGGUCCAAUGAAUGCUAUAGGUUACCCUGUUAUGAUGGUUAAACUAAGGGGGGC